AUGCUGCUAGGCGCGUGCUACAGCGCCGAGCCGCCCGACAAGGCGCACCGCGCCCACGUGCUGCACGCGGGGGCGGCCGCCGCCUCGCCGCCCCCGCAGCCGGGCCUGCUGCAGCCGCCGCCGGCCGCCCCCGCGUCCUCGUCAGCCGGGGGCGGCAGCAGCAGCGGGGGUGGCAGCUCGCUCUUCACCAUCGACAGCAUCCUUGCGCCGAGGCCCACACCGCGGCCGCCCCCACCGCCCCCGCACCAACAGCAGCAGCAGCAGCCGCCGCCGGCGCCUCGCCUGCAGCACGCCGUCCUGCCGCCCCCACUGCACCUCGGGCAUCUCGGCUUCGCGCCCGCCUCCACCGCGGACUUUCUCGCGGUGGCGUACCCCGGCCUGUACCCGGGCUCGGCGGCGGCGGCGGCCGGCUACGUGAACGCGGCGGCGGCGGCCGCUGCUGCGCGCAAGCGCCGCCACCGCACCAUCUUCACCGAGGAGCAGCUGGAGCAGCUGGAGGCGACGUUCGACAAGACGCACUACCCGGACGUGGUGCUGCGCGAGCAGCUCGCCCUCAAGGUCGACCUCAAGGAGGAGCGCGUCGAGGGCUGGGCGGCGGCGCCGGUACUGGCUUACCGUUUGCUCGCACGUGGAGCGACAACCUUGGGAAGGUGUGGGGGCCGCAGGGGAAUGAGGGGCGGCGAGCCCUCUAGAUUAAUUGUCGGCUGCGGACAGUCUUUGUCUGGCAGCGGGGAGCAGACCUGUGCGCCGCAAGGGAGGGUGGCGUGCUGCUCCUAA